GCCCCCCCCCCCCACACACUAAAGUGAGAGUGAAGAACACUGUCCUUACAGCGGCAAAAAUAAUUGUGAACUUCAAUUCCACAUUGGAAAAUGCCAGCCUUUCACGGAGCGCAUUGCGCGACGUGACACAGUGUCGUUAAGGGGGAAGGGAAGUAAAGGAGGAGGAUUUGGAGGAGAGGUGGAGUGAAGGAGGAACAAGGGCGGGGUGGGGGGGGCGACGCUCCGGGCCGGUGCGUAAUUCCCACUGCCCCUUGGCAGCGCGGAGCUCUGCUGAGAUUUGGCCUCCGCUCUCCCCCCUCCGCCCGCCUUCUUUCGCGACGCCACUCAGCCGGGGAGAACAAGUGCCACGGACGUGUCGCUGCGUCGCGCGCUCUCAGUUUGUUGUCCAGGAGGGGCCGAGUGAGACGGAGAUAACGAGCCUGCCCUCCAGACCGACGGGCGAUCCUGCUGCUGCUGCUGCUCCUGCUGCUGCGGCUGCUGCUACAAGUCUGCGUGGAGGAGGCACACCAUGUCCGAGCUAUUUGCGGGACGACUGCUGCUGUGCGCGGGUGACGAAGCGGACGACGGCGUCCACCUCGCGUGCCGCGAGGUGGACGCCGAGGCGGCGCUGCGGAACCGCGUGGUCGCCCUCCACUUCGCGGCGCUGCGCUGCCCGUCCUGCCGCGACUUCGCGCCGGCGCUCGCCGCCUUCUGCGAGUCGCUGACGCGGCACCGCCCGCCCGCACCGUUGGUGCUCGUCCUCGUCUCGGCGGACGACAGCGAGGUGGACAUGAGGGCCGCGGUGAGCGGUGGACACCGCGACUGGCUCGCGGUGCCCUGGGACGACCCGCUCCGCCUGGAGCUGCGGGAGCGCUACAGCGUGACGGCGCUGCCGCGUCUUGUCGUCGUGCGGGAGAACGGGGCCGUGAUCACGGCCAGGGGCCGGACGCAAGUCCGCGACUGGGGCCCCAGGGCCUUCCAAGCCUGGCUGAACGCUUCUGAGGUCUUCCACAACUUCCCCGAGUCCUGAGCCUGAGACAAACGCCCACUCCCCGCGCGCGCGCGCGCUCGUUCGCCACGACCCAAGCCAGCCACGCCACGUUGUCCUCACUCAGCCUCCCGGCUCAUCUGCGCCUCGGUCAACUCCACCGUGCACCCUCGUACGUUUAACCCACGACUACAUGUCACGGGCCACCGGCUGAUUAUCUUGUCGUGAUACUUCCAUCGAUUACUGGAGCGAAUCACGCGGCUUACCACUGCGCCACCGCUCCCCACUUACUCACACGGUGCGCUAACCACUGCGCCACCGCUCCCCACUCACUCACA